GAGGAGGAAGAGGAGGAGGAGGAGGGAGGAGGUUGAUAAAGUCAGUCGCUGCACUUCAGACUCUCACUUCUGUUCUGCCCCCCCUCACGUCCCAGCAGGCCCCGCACUGCCACGUGUGACUCAGUGUCGUAGUGUUGUCGCUCGCCCACAGCGCCCCCUGCAGUCAUGUGUGACGACGAGGAGAGCACCGCUCUGGUCUGUGAUAAUGGAUCCGGACUCUGUAAGGCCGGGUUCGCCGGGGACGACGCCCCCCGGGCCGUCUUCCCCUCCAUCGUGGGCCGGCCCAGGCACCAGGGAGUGAUGGUGGGAAUGGGGCAGAAGGACAGUUACGUUGGGGACGAGGCUCAGAGUAAAAGAGGAAUCCUCACCCUGAAAUAUCCCAUCGAACACGGAAUCAUCACCAACUGGGACGACAUGGAGAAGAUCUGGCAUCACUCUUUCUACAACGAGCUGCGAGUGGCUCCAGAGGAACAUCCCACCCUCCUGACUGAAGCUCCCCUCAACCCCAAAGCCAACAGGGAGAAGAUGACACAGAUUAUGUUCGAGACCUUUAAUGUUCCCGCCAUGUACGUGGCCAUCCAGGCUGUCCUCUCGCUGUACGCCUCCGGACGCACCACAGGUAUCGUCCUGGACUCUGGUGAUGGCGUUACCCACAACGUGCCGAUCUACGAGGGUUACGCUCUUCCUCACGCCAUCAUGAGGUUGGACCUGGCUGGUCGCGACCUCACCGACUACCUCAUGAAGAUCCUGACGGAGCGCGGCUACAGCUUCGUCACCACCGCGGAGAGGGAGAUCGUCAGGGACAUCAAGGAGAAGCUGUGCUACGUGGCGCUGGACUUCGAGAAUGAGAUGGGGACAGCGGCCACCUCGUCCUCUCUGGAGAAGAGCUACGAGCUACCUGACGGACAGGUGAUCACCAUCGGCAACGAGAGGUUCCGCUGCCCCGAGACGCUCUUCCAGCCCUCCUUCAUCGGUAUGGAGUCUGCAGGAAUCCACGAGACGACCUACAACAGCAUCAUGAAGUGUGACAUCGACAUCCGUAAGGACCUGUACGCCAACAACGUGCUGUCUGGGGGGACCACCAUGUACCCGGGUAUCGCAGACCGCAUGCAGAAGGAGAUCACCGCUCUGGCCCCCAGCACCAUGAAGAUCAAGAUCAUCGCCCCCCCAGAGAGGAAGUACUCGGUGUGGAUCGGCGGCUCCAUCCUGGCCUCCCUCUCCACCUUCCAGCAGAUGUGGAUCAGCAAGCAGGAGUACGACGAGGCCGGACCCUCCAUCGUCCACCGCAAGUGCUUCUAGACGGUCCCCCGCGGCCCCCCCAGUCCUCCCAGCACCCUCCCAUUAUAGCCCUCACUGAGCACCAGCUAGCAGGUCCCAGAUCAGAUCCACUGAAACCCCCCAAGAGGGACGACAGCGGCAGGAAGGGGAUCUUUCAGCGUUUUAUUUUGAAAAGCCGGUAAAAGGGAAGUGAUGUUGUCUUUUUGGUGAAUUGAACCUUUAACUUCCAUCAGAAGAUCCUCCCUCUGCGCUCACCUUAACACUGUGAAUGCAGCCUCCAUCUUUAACUCCGCCCACCUCCCCUCGCUCCGCUGUGGCCCCGCCCCCUCCGUCCUCCAUGUUUGUUUGUUGUCAAAAAGUGUCUUUUUAUUUUUGAUGAAUAAAGCUUGAACGUUGCCCGCUGGUGUUACCUCCCGUCGUCGGGGAGCAGAGCACGCUCACAGUCUUAUGAUGAUGUCACACAGUGUAUGAUGAUGUCACAGGAGGCGUGGCCUCAAGGUGCUGAUGUAAAGAAAGAUGGUGUGUGAUCAUGUGAUGGAAGUGACAGACGAUUGGCCGCAGGAAGACAAUAAAGAGCUCUCGUACAAGAGAA